CCCAACUUCCUCAACAUCGAGCUCUUAUCCAUUCGCCCCUCACGCCGUCUUCUUUCGACCGUUUCCAGGCUUCAAGAUGCCGGACGCACUCCAAUCCAACAGACUCUUGUCCUAUGCUCGGCGGUCGGGCUCUGCAGCAUGGUACCCGCUGCGUGGUAUCGGCUAUUUCGUCAGGACUGCCGAGUUUUGGCCGCUGUUUCUGGGCAGACUCUUGCCUCUGUCGCUGAUAUCGCUUAUUGUUUAUUUUAUCCUCUUCAUCUUCGCAUUCCCUAUCCAGUUCGCUUUUUUGGCCAUCUUUCAAGGCUGGAGUGCAUGGGUUAGCGCUGUUGUUCUCGUCCUCGGUGAAGGUCUCGUCAUUAUCCAGGGUCUCUUUGAGGGCUUCUUUGUUGACGAAUGCAGAGUUGACGUUUUUGAUGCCACGCUCAUCCAGAACGGCCUGGUUGAGUUGAUUGCUCCGCACCGCAUUCUCUUCGACGACGCCCCAAAUGCUGUCAAGAUGCUUGGAAAGCCAACCGAGUCCGCCGUAUACCAGCCGUGGAGCCUGAUUCAGAUUGUUGAGCUGGUCUUCUUCCUGCCUCUGAACUUGGUCCCCUACGUCGGCACUCCAGCCUUUAUUAUCAUUACCGGCACGAGACUCGGCAAAUUGUCUCACUACCGUCGAUUCAAGCUGCUUGGCUUGUCCAAGGUUGAACAAAAAGCUGAAAUUAAGCGCCUUGGAUGGGAGAAUGUCUGGUUUGGAACCGUCGCCAUGAUCCUUGAGCUCAUUCCCAUCCUCUCGUUCUUCUUCUUGUUGACUACCGCCACUGGCGCAGCUCUAUGGACCGUCGACUUGGAGGAGCAACGCCGCCAACGUGCGGCAGAGGAGCAGAUAUCGCAUGACACCGCACCUCCAACCUACUCUGACUCUGUGGUUUAAGAGCGUGCCGGAGUUAAAUUGCCGGCUUAGUGGUACGCGGGAUACUCGGCGCGUCAUUCGCACUGAAGCUGACCGCUACCUCCGGAAGUCGGCACUUCAUGAAGGGGAUUGCCAGCUGGCAGUUGUUCAGCUGUAAAAGGAUACAAUUAUACCAAAUUCUGCAUUAUAAACGUCUGACAUCGAGUCUGGAUUUAAAACGAAUGGAUUUCUCUUUAUGAAUUAGGAGUUAGUUAGCGAAUUCAUAUCAAUUACUGCCUAUUUAAUGCCCUUCAUUUACAUUUCAAAACUUCAGCUUUCUUACAUGCUUCUUAUCACUCCGUCUUGGAUAGCCAAGACUGGCAGCUGGCAACCCCCGUAUGCCAGCUGGCGUAAUUUAACAGAGCUGGCGUAA